UGUGUCGACAUUCACAUGUUUCCAUGCGGUGAGCGAUUAAGUAUCGUACACACUCAGGUAACAAAUGGUCGACAUGACAUUCUUAGCAGAAUCACUUUCGGUUUGGGAAACUGAACCCCAAAUCUAUUGAGUUGUUUGUGGCCAACCAGCAAAACAUACUGUUCAAAUGUGGUGCAGCUGCAGCCCACUCUCGGCUUGCUUGAGUACGGAGUCGUAGAAAAAUUUAAUCGUGAGCAUGUGCAAUAAAAUACACAUAUUCCAUGUGUGUACUUUGGAGAUGUUGCGCCCGGUGUGUAUCUUGUGAAUACGUGCGUAUAUGUGAGCACAUCCAUACACACAGCCCAUUCGGAUCAGUUUCGGCUUCCAUUCGCACGGGAAGUGUACACACAACAAGCAAAACAAAGCACAUGAAAUAUCAGACCAGCUCUAACCUUUGUUGACAUAAAAAUAAAACAACAGACACUCUCGCUCACACACACACAUUGCACACACAGAGAUAAAAAAAAACCGUGUCGGGGCCUCGCGAAUACGAUGCUACGAACACACGCACACGUACAACCCGUAGAAAAACCGAUUGACAAAAAGCAGCCGCAGCAGCAACAGCAACAUUUUCGAUUUGUUGUGUACAGGCGCUAAACCGAUAGGCUGCUGUCUCUUUUUCACCUUUAUCGUUGUAUGCGCUGUGUACUUCAAGUUUUGUGUGUUGUUUUUUCUUCUUCUUAUUAAUUUUGUUCAUCACGGGUAUAUGCGUGUAUAGUGUUUUCGCAGCGGUGCGAUUUUUAUUUCUUUCUCGUCUCCAAUACCAAAGUGUUUGUUCUCUCUCUCAGUGUGUGCUUUUUGUUGUGCUUGUUUAUUUUCAAAAGAUUCGCAUCGAUCAUAAUUUUUACAUUUUGUUCCAUAGUUUUGACCAAAUUUCUUCCUUCAAACAUCGUUUGCCACACAAAUUUGCAUGUGUUUAUUUGUUGUCAACCAUUUAUUUUUGUUAUCGAUUCGCAAAAACAAAGAGAAAAAUAGCCACCCGAAAUACUUGUGAUAUUAUCAUUUAGAUUUGACUCGUAAAACCUGACACGAUUCAACGGAUAUUGUUAUUGAAUGCAUAAAAGAGAGUGUGUCUGUGUAUGUGGUUGAAGAGAAGAAAAAAAAAGAGAAACAGGUGUUACACAUACCACGUGAAGGAUUAGAAAAAAAUAUUGAUUACACACGGCGCAGAAGGGAGUUCAAUACAGAAAAAAAACGACACAUUUGUUAUCCAUCGUUUUUCUUUAUAUCCUCCAUUGUUAUUCUUGUCAUUUGUGUGUGGUGAGGGAGAGACAGACAGGCACAGAGAGUGAGAAAGAGAGAGAGAAAGCAAGAAUCGAAAUCAAAGAGAAGUAGGAGGGAGAGCAAAAAAAAAACCAACAACACAAAGCGAGUAAUCAAGUGCAGAGUGUCAGUUGCAUGUUAUGGGCGAUUUAAAUGUCAAUUUUCAUUUUCAUUCACUGCCUGGCGUGUAUAGAUUGGUAAAUUCGCCGGGAAAAAUGUACCCAGCAACGGAUGAAACAAAUCCAGGCGAAUACAAGCAGCCAAACGCCGUCAGUGAAUCGGAAAACGGUGCAGCUGUUGUCAAGAAUGAGUUGAACGAAGGGACAAUUUUUCGAAAAGUAACCACGGCAACAACACAUCACGAGAACGGCAACAGGGAACAAAAUUUCAAAACGGAGCCCAUAGAAACUGAUCACCAUCAAAAUGGCAACGAUCAAACAUUGAUUGCCGAUGUGAAGGAGGAAAAUGGGGAUAGCGGCAAAACGAACGGGAAAAAUGGCACCGAACUGCAUUACGAGCAAAUCAAAGUUGAAGCAAAUGGAAAUGGCAAUGGCAAUGGUACCACACCACCGACCAUUGGCCACGAUGAUUUGGCGGCCAAAGAAGAGUUGCUUCGGGCUCAAAUCAGCAAUGGGCACGUAUUUGGACGAUUAACCUGCGACAAAAAAGUGUUGUUCAUCACCGAGAAUGUGGUGAAAAUUGGACGCAACUCAAAAGCGUCCACCGUAAAUUUCCAUGUAGGUGACAACACCUACGUAUCCCGCAAGCACAUACAAAUCAUCUACGAUCGCAACAAUCAAGACUUUUUCAUGCUUUGCCUCAGCAAAAACGGAAUAUUCAUCGAUAAUGAGUUCAAUCACAAGAAAUCAGUCCCAUUGAAAUUGCCGCAACGAUGUACCUUUCGUUUUCCAAGUACAAAUAUUUUAGUGAAUUUUGAGAGCUAUAUUGAAAAGAAGGAAAACAACUAUGUUGAAAGUGCACUGGUGCCGGCCGACAUUGCAAAUAACAAGCAUCAAACACAUCCGAGCGAAGUGUUUCAGGUGCAACAGCAGCAACCACCACAAUCAGCACCGAACCAACCGCAGCAGCAAGCCCAGCAACUGCAACAACCACCACCACAACAACAACAACAACAACAACAACAACAACAAUUUACUGACAAUAAACAAUCGGCCGCUUCAGCGCGUGGCCCAUUGAAGAUAAAUAUUCCACAGCAUGAGAAUGAACCACGAAAUACGAUCCAGUAUGGACAACAACCGAACUAUCAACGCAAACAGCACAGUCUGCCGUCACCAACGACGACAAUCAGUGCGGCAAACAGUUGCCAAACAUCUCCAAGACAAGGCGUUCAACCCGAAUCAUCGAUCCCGCAAGCAUUUCAAAAUGAGAACUUCAUUGCGCCGCUUUCAUCCCACAAUGACACAGAGAAACCGUCAUACAGUUAUGCUCAGCUCAUUGUCCAGGCAAUCUCGGCAUCGCCCGAAAAGCAACUCACUCUCUCCGGCAUUUAUGCAUUCAUUUCGCGUCACUAUCCGUACUAUCGACUGGAAGCGUCCAAGGGAUGGCAAAAUUCGAUUCGUCACAAUUUAAGCUUAAAUAAAUACUUUAUGAAAGUGGCGCGCACACAAGACGAACCGGGCAAAGGAUGCUUUUGGCGCAUCGACCCGAACAGCGAAAGCAAAUUGAUCGGUCAAAGCUAUAAGAUUCGUAAGCAUCGGGGCAGCCAAAAUACACGGGCUUCCUUUGAUAUGUCACGUUCAGCUCCUGUGUCGCCAAGUGAAAACCAGCACAUGUACGAAACGCAAGAUAUAAUGCUACAAUCGGCACCCGAAUCACCCGACGGAUUCACCACAUCGCACGAGGAAAUGGUUGUGAAUAAUUUUGCUAGCGGCGCUGACAUGAUUUACGUGCGAAACGAUAUGAACGGCAGCGGACUUGGCACCAAACGAUCCUAUGACAACAUCAACGACUCGAACGGUAGUACUAUCGUUUCACACACGGUUCAAGUGAGUGCCGAUGACUGUGAUGGCUACGAUCCAUCGGUUAAACGCAAAUAUGCUGGUGGCAUGCAACCGCAAACUCAACAAUAAAUUAAGGCAAUGGCAUCAACACCCACCCACACACACACACACACACACACACAAACUCACAUCAAAUACACACAAACACACUUACGUUAUUAUUGAUCAAAUUGAAUAAUGAAGAGACAGUGGCAAAAAUAAAAUCCAGAAUUUAAUCUAGUACCUAAACUGGUAAUAAAAAUGCAACAAAAUUAUAUCCUUAUUGAAAUGAACUAGUUAAACGUAGUAACUAACAGCGAAAUCAAAAGAGAAAAAAAGAAACACACACAUGUUUGGUUCCAAUUUUUUUAUUUUUCAUUGAUUUGUUUCUUUCCUUGAUACGGAAAUCCAACUUUCGAUUACAUAUGAUGAAUGGCAUAUGAAAAAUAAAUCAUUGAUUUUUUGAAUUUUAAUAUGAAUAAAAUAUUUCGCAUUCAAUAAA